UGUAGUAGGUGUAGCGUAGCGUCUACGCGCUACCAGCGUGCACCAUGGCGACCGCGCGUUUAGUGGCCCCAGUGCCUCUGUAAAGGACGGCGAUAUCGCGCAGAGAGCAAAGGCCGUGUCCUCGCGCUCCUACGCAGACACGCACGCGAGUACUCACGGACGGAUACGCGAAACCGCGCCCAGAUUCGACGGCGAUCCAGAUGGAGGUGAGCCCGGCGAUCGACGGUGCCGUCGGGUCGGGGGGCCCUCCGUCGGUCGAGGGGAUCUAACGAGGCACGAUCGACGCUUUCUUGAUCGUUCAGCGUCUCGAUCAGGAGGAUGCUCCGCGGGAUACGGCGCAGUGAAGUGUACUGCGAAUGAUCGAGCUACGACGGCGACGUCAACAACUGCGAGGACGACGGAAAAUCCGGAGGAGACGAGUGGCAAGAAAAGAACUGCAGCGGCGAGAAACGCUCGGCAGCUCGGAGCGUUAUUCCCUGAGGAAUUCGAGCGAGCGCGGGUAACGGGCGAGUCGCAGUCCCUCGCGCGUGAAAGAGCGCGUCGACCACGGCACGGAGGAAAAGGUUAACGCUCGAAUUCGAAACUGAGACGCGCGUCUCAGGUAGCGUCGAAGUUUGCUAUAUCACGAAAAUACGAGCGAGUGGCUGACCAUCGCAUGGAUAAUCGUCGCCCGAAGCUCUCGCCUAGGCUUGCUCAGUGAAAGUAUCGCAUUUAGCGCGACCCGGCUGACGCACGCGGAUCGGAUCGACGGGUGACGCGUCAGGGUAUCGACGGUCGCUGAUAAACGGAUGAUUCUCGAAAGCGAAGGCCUCUUCUUCCUGCACAACGUCGCGUAGUGCGCGACGAACCGCUCUGUUUGCGCGAGUGUACGCUCAGUGCGACGUGCUCACCUCGGAGACAGUGCUCGAGGCGACACGCGGAGCCUCAUCCGCGAGUGCCGCACUUCUCUGUUCCCGGAAAGUUCGCGGAAGAUCAAAUUUCAAGGUGACGAAGUAUCGCUGAACGAUCAUCGCGAGUUUUUCUGGUGGGAAUAGUGAGUCAAGAACCGCUGCUGCCACCACUACCACCAGCAGCACAGCAGCUAGUGCAGUGAGUUUUGCUUCAUCUCCGAUGAGUGAAAUAGUUCCGUGCGCACACCGAUGACUCGAGUAGCCUGACGCCAACAUGCGCCGAAAGAUGCACUGGGUAUACAUUUGGUUGACGACGUCGGCCGCGCUCCUGGUCGGAGCCGAGCCAAGCAACAGGUACAGGCAACAGGCUGAGCAGCAGUCGUCGAUCUAUUACACGGAGCCGACGACGUUGGCGAACAACAGCAGCGGUACGACGGACGUCUACGGGAACGGCGUGGCUUUGACCGAGCUGCACGCUGGCCGCAUUGUCCGAGGUCAGAAGUUGCUGCAGAGAUCGAAGAGCCCGUACUUGCUGCGCGAGGACCUGUACAUCGACAGCGACGGCGAGCUCGUGAUCGAGCCCGGAGUGGAGAUCCGCGUCGGCUCGAUGGUCGGCAUCACCGUCCGCGGUGUCAUCACCGCCGAGGGUGAAGCGCACGCGCCGAUUCUCUUGACUGCAGCGGAUGCGGAGUCGCAAGUGCAGACCAUUCAACCGACACCUUCCAUGCGGCUGGUGGACGGACCAAGUCCGUUAACGGGAAGACUGCAGCUCUUUCAUCAGAACAGCUGGCGUUCCGUCUGCACGAACUCGCGAAAUUGGACUCGCGCAGACCUGGAGACAGCUUGCCGGCAGCUCGGCUAUCAAGGUGGACAAUGGUGGUCGUGGUUCGACAGACAAUGGCCGUCCAGGUCGCGUCUCCUCCUCGAGGAACCGGGCUGUCGCGGCACCGAGCCUUCACUGUCGGUAUGCGAAGGAUGGAUGGACAGACAGUUGGGCGGAGGUGUAUGCGAUUACCAUCCGGACAUGGGAAUCUCUUGUUUGCCGUACCACGACGGUGCGACCAAGGCAAUCAAGCACUGGCGGGGAAUACGAUUCGAAAAUGCGGUGCACCACAGAUUGCUGACUCAGAGGAACACGCUCUAUGUGCACCAAUCGAAGUCCAUCCUGCGAAAUGUGAUAGUCGAGUACGCCGGGACCGGGAGAGAGUACAACGUGACGUCGGCGAUACAUGUGGAAGGCGUGCCGCCGAGGAUGGAAUCCAUCUCUAUCUUACAUUCUGCCUUCAACGGUAUAAAUGUUACUAUGCCGGAUGCGCCAGUGGUGAUAAACAAUUGUACCGUCCAAUAUAACAAAGGGUACGGAAUUUAUGUGAACAGCUCAUCCGGCAUGACGUAUAUCGCCGACUGUACGGUACUCGAUAACGGUGCGGAUGGCGUCAAGUACGUGCACUCGGACGAGCGGCCAAACGACAAGCUGGACCGUAUAGGCCUGUACGAUCUGUGCACCUUCCCCACGACGGCCAGUCAGACCUUCCCAACUACCAUAUUCAUGGAACAGAGCAAGUACGCGCUCAACGUGAAGCAAUGCCCGCAAACUAUCUACACGACGUGGGGCCAAGUCUUGACCCUGCAUUUCUUGCAAAUGAAGACCGACAGGAAUGACAGCGCCGUCAUAGAGGUAUACGACGGUCUUGGCACCUCGGAUAAGCUCUUGGCCAGCGUGAAAGUCAGGAACGGGACGUUACCGCAGAGCGUCACCUCGUCACGGCAGAAUAUCUUUUUGAGAUUCACGGCCGAACCGCGGUCGAACACGAUCGUAUUCGUGCGCGUGACGUCGGGUUACCAGAAAAUGUACGACCUCAACGUGACCGGCAGCACGAUAGCGGGCAACAUCGGCCGCGGUGUCGCCGUGGAAAACCUACGAUCUGCUCUGCACAUCCACGAGACCUCGGUGUCGAAUAACUAUCACGUGGCUGGCGUACACGUGCUGGGUGGCGCUAUGGAUGUCAACAUCACCGGCAGCCGCAUCUCGUUCAAUCAAGGGGACGGCGUUAACAUCACCGUUACGGGCGGCAAUCGCAACGUGUCGCGCAGCAGUAUAUCUUCCAAUCUCGGUUACGGUUUCGCGGUGUGGUUGAACGACAGCACCGCUACCCAAUAUGUGAACUUCAAUCAGACCACCGUCAUCGAAUACUCGCAGAUCUUUCGAAAUAAGGACAUCGGUGUGUUGGUCGGCAAUUCAACCGGCGACUCGUACGUGAAUAUAACCGGCAACUGGUUCAACACCAGUCUGGAGACGGCGCUGCAAGUGGAGUCCAGUUGGAGAAAAGAUAACGGACUGCUGAGACUGCAAAUCGGACACAAUUCGUUCAUCAAGAACGCAAAGUUUGGACUCAGGUUGUACCCGGCGCUCAAUCUCCACGCCACCAUAGAGUACAAUCACUUCAAAGAGCACGCGAGCGGCGGGAUCCUCAUUAGGAAUCCGCUCUAUGAGGAGUUCAACAUUCUGCCCGCCGACAUCGUGAUUCGAUACAAUGAAUUCCACUUCAAUCAGGGCACCUUCGUGGUCAGCAUCGGUCUGUCGCCUUACAGCGACGUACAGCAGUUGCUGUUCACCAGGAACUUCCUGCGGGACAAUCGCGUCCGGGAGCUGUUCGACACCAGCGGUACGUUGAACGUCAAGCUGAUACCGCGCUCCAGAGUGGCCGCCGUCGUCGUCGUGUCCUCGAGUAAUGUCGAGGUCUUCCGUAACAUCCUCAAUAAUCCCGAGUCGCGUUACGAGAUCGGCUCUCAGCUGGAAGAUCAGAGCAAGGUUAUCAAUUGCACGUACAACUGGCUGGGAUUCAGCGACGAAGAGAAGAUAUUCGACCGGCUGUUCCAUAGGAAAGACAGAUACAAUCUCGCCAAGAUCAGAUACCUGCCUUACUUGCUGCACAGCAGCAAUCCCAACGCGAACACCAUUAUCUCGAAUCCGACGUUCGUGGCGCAGUUCGUCACACCUGGCACAAAUCUCGUCGGUGGCGAGGUCGACGGUCAGGAGGAGCUGAGAGCCGGAGAGUACAUCGUCGAGCGCGACAUCAACGUGAGACCAGGCGGCAAACUAAUCCUGCAGCCGGGUGUCACGUUACGCUUCCCGCCGGCUGUGGGCAUGAUGGUCGCUGGCAAGUUUGACGCACGUGGUAAAGGCCCUAACAAUAUCUUGUUCACUCUCAAGGAAGAGCUGGUCAUGGGGCCGGCUAACAGAACCGAAGAGGAGGAGGAGGAGGAAUACAUGAGUUCCGCCGACAAAACGGAGUCCGUUCCAGUGCGGCUUCUCGGCGGCCGGACGAGUCUCGAAGGAAGACUACAGGUAAGAAUCAAAAAUAAAUGGGGAACUGUGUGCAACUACGGAUGGACGAUCCUGGACGCGUCGCUAGUCUGCCAUCAGCUGGGCUACAUCCUCGACUCUGACAACUGGUUCAUGGAACGCUCGCAAAUCCCGAACGCGGGGAUCAACGAGGACAUACUCUUCAGCAACGUACGUUGCACCGAGUACGACAACGACAUAACGAAAUGCCGGGCGGAGAAGCAGUCGGACUUCGAGAACUCGUGCACUCACGAGAACGACGUCGGCCUCAGGUGCUUGGAGCCGACAUGGGCAGGUCUCAGGUUGGGACCGCUGGCUCAGAGAAGCGACCUGCAGUACCUGACGAUCGAGAAGGCGGGCUUGCUGGAUUACAGAACAAAUUCCUUCAAGCCAGCUCUGCAAAUCGAUUUCGCUCGGCACUCCUUGGACGGUGUCAAGAUCGUCAAUAAUCUGCAAGACGGUCUAGGAGUUUUGUACUCAGACAUUUACUCGGCGGACGCGAUAAACACCGUGAUGAACAGCGACUUCUCGCUGAACGGCGGCAGCGGCGUCAGUUUCAAGCAACUCGGUAUGAGGAUCAUCAGCUCGAGAAUCGAGGGCAACAAGGUCGCCGGAAUAAGGCACAAUCCCGCGCUCUCGGCCGUGCAACAGAGAGAAUUCGCGGGUUGGUUCUUGCGCGCGCCCGACACCACCGUCGACUCUCCGUACGAGCCUAUCAUUCUGCCGGAAUCGAAUCGGAACAUCGAGCUCGCCAAUGGCGAAACAAAGUACAUCGUGACGUCCAAGGUGGCCGGCGAGGCCGCUCGUCGUAUCAUUAAUAUUAAAUGCACUCCGGGUUACGUCAUCGGCAUUCAGUUGCUGAACCCGAUAGAGAAUCGCAGCACGGAACAGAUAACGCUGUACAACUCGCAGCGUUUCCAGAACAAGAAUCAAAUUAGUUGGCACGUGAAGAGAGAUCUGAGCGUGUUCCCCGUGUCGUCCAGCUCCUUCGUGGUGAUCUUGGAGUACGAGAGCGGCGAGAACGCUCUCGGUGGAGUAGUCAUGGCGAUCACGUCGCUCUUGUCUCCGGUGCAGAAUAUUCCCAACAAAAUCGUCAGCGGUCCCAUACCCUCACUGGUAGUAACGAAGACGCAGAUCAAGAGCAACCAGAAGGGCGUGUUCGCGUCCUACUACAACCGGUACCUGAACGAGAUCGGGGACUACUUCCUGCGCAAGGCCAACGAGACCAUCCAACUGGUCGACUGCGAGAUCUCGCACAAUCGCGAGGAGGCCGUUUACGUGUAUUCGCCGUACUGGAACAUUUACCAGUCCAACAUAUCCGAAAUUUCCAUUCACAUCAACAGCAGUCUGAUCACGGACAACGGCAAAGGGAUACACCAGUUCAGUCGCGACGCCCGGCACUCCAACAACCUCUUCCACUGGAUAAUGCAGGACAGCACGGUCGAGAGGAACCACGGCGGCGGCUUCGAGGUGCUGCUGCCGGACGUGUGGCAGUACAACGAGAAUUUCACGCACUCCUUGUACUUCGGCAACAACACCUGGCGGAACAACGAGCACUUCGGCUUCGUGGUGGACGGUCACUUCGCGCACCUCAACAUCUCCUACAAUCGCUUCGACAGUAACCGCUGCAAGACCGGCCUGAUAUCCGUGCGUGGCAUGGAGAAGCGGAUUCGCAUCGACCAUAACCGCAUCGACGGCAACAGCGGCGCUUACAUGGUCGAAUUUCGCGCAGACAGUCAGUCGGAGAUCCUCGGCAACGUGGACGCACGAUUCUACCACAACGAGGUCAAGCGAAACACGUACGACGUCGCCAGCACAGAGCCGCGUCGCACAUUCGACGAUCCCAGCUACGUCGUCGGCUUCCACGGGAUACAGAAGGUGCGCAUCAACCGGAAUCUCUUCGGCGAGAACUCGCUCGAUUACGAGCUGCUCGCGGGCAUCAGGACGGCCAAGAUUAACAACGAGGUGGACGUUAUGGAGAACUGGUGGGGCACCACGGAGGAUGCCGGUAUAAAACGAAGAAUCUUCGACUUCGACGAUUGGAACGACCACGCGGUCGCCAAUUACCGGCCAUAUCUGAUGAGCGACUCGUUGGAUGCUUCCAUUUCCGCAUCGUGGAAUAUCAAUGAAGAGAUCGACCUGGACAAUCUGGGCGGUCGCAUAGUCGAGAGCCUGUCGUUGCACGCGAGACCACAGCCCUACGUCGUCCGUUCCGACAUCACCGUCAUGCCGGAAGCCACUCUGUACAUCUAUCCCGACGUCGUGAUGGAGUUCGCGCCUAACGUCGGCAUUUUGGUCUUGGGGACGUUGAAAGCCGUCGGCGUGGCCGGCCAUGAGAUUAUAAUGCGGCCGAUGAAGCGAGCGGCUGCGAACAAUUCAGCGUUCACCAACGCGACGCCGAUCAGGAGAUCCGCUAAUCUAGCCAAUCUCCUCGCGAUGCCGCGCGAGAGGAUCCGUUUGUGCAAAGACGGCCAGUGUUCCGCAUCGUACAAUGAAGGCUUCUUGGAGUACUUUAACAAAACGACUCUGCAGUGGAUCCCCAUAUGCGACGACCGCUUCACCGAGCGUAACGCUCAAGUAGCAUGCCGGCAUCUCGGCCACGACACCCUCAACGUCUACGUGUCGUACGACCGCAGGUAUGAGCUGCAUCCCGGUUCGCUGACGCGCGUCUGGUCCUGGCCGGAACCGUUGCAGUGUACUGGGAAGGAGCAAGAUCUCGAGGACUGCCAAAUUCGGUUGAACGGCCAGCUAUUCGGCCAUCGUCACGAGUGCCCGUGGGACGGGCAGUUCGUCUUCCUGCACUGCGGCGAGCGCAACCUAGACAACGAGCACGAUUACUGGGGCGGAAUACGUAUCGCCAACAGCGAAUUCGAGCAUCACCUGUACGAACACCGCAUCCACGACAUCGUGACUCACGAGACCAUGAAGCGCGUCGAGUCGGUGCUCAAGUACAUCAACAUCACCGGCGCCGGGAUCCUACACUUGGAGAAGUCAUCCGCCGUGCAGUCGAUCAUGAAAUCCCCGGCGAUGAUGCGCGUCAAUAUCGACCGUAGCGCUUAUCACGGUAUCAACGUCGUAUCACCCACGCACACGGUGGAAUUGUUGUUCAAUACGAUCACCAAUGUCCUCGGCAACGGCGUGAACAUACUCUCUCUGACGGGAGAGGGUCGCGAGGCGGACGAGAGCUCGUUCACGCCGCUUAAGGACCUCAAUAUUCCGUAUCACUUGUUCAGCAUGGUCGACAUAUGCGACACCACCAAGGAGAUCACGAUCGAGGAGCGUGUGCUCGUCUACUACAAGUACGACAACUACCCGGUGAACUGUGUCAAGAUCUUCCGCAGCGUCUACAGGGCUAAGCCGUUCGGCUUCAGGCUCUUGCAAUUUAAUUUGUACAACUCCACCGGCAAGCCAGGUCGCGCCGACGGUAUAACUCUGUACGACGGCGACAUUUACAACAUCACCUCGAAGAAGAUAGGCCACUUAGAGGUCAACACUCCUGACGAGAAGAAACUGUUCAGAACGCAGGAGCCGAGCAUCAGCGUGAGGUUCUUCGCUAACGGCGCCAGCAGCACGCACGGAUUCAUCGCGGAGAUCGUGACUCUCCCGAUAUCCGCCAUUGGCUUCAAUCGCGACGUACAGCACAACGUGUCCUAUUCUGUAAUAGCGAAUUGUCGCGAGGGCGCCGUGAAGUACGCGAAUGCCGGCGAGGUGAAUGCCAUAAUGACGCUCGAGCGCAAUCAGUUCGUGAACAAUUGCGACAAGCUGUACGGCAACUUCUCCACGUGCAAGUCCGCGCUGUGGUUCGACGUCCAGAACACGCAGUCAUUUUACUUCAGGAACAACUUGGUGCAACGGAACCAAGGCGGUCUUUCCAUUCGCGCCGACUCCAGGGGUUUGGCCACGUCCCUCAAGGGAUGGGUUCACAAUAAUCUCUUCACCGAGAACUUCAACAAGCCCGCUUUGUACGUCGAGGGUCGCCGGAGCAGUCCCUACCAAGAGGUGACUAUAUUCAGGAAUUACUUCACUAAGAACAACGCUCCCUACGAGAAUAACAUCGUGCUGAAGCAAGUGGUCAGCAACAUGUCGUUCAAUUAUCUGCACGGCAACCUCGGCAUGCACUUGCUCGAGAUCUCGGGCUUCGAGAUGGUCCGCCUGCAUAUCUAUCAGCGCACGUUACACAACGGCUUCUACAAGAACUACGCGGUUGAUCGCGAAGGCCGCAGCACCAUCAUCGCCGGCACGCCCGGGCAGCAAUACAUCGACAACGUGUUCUUCAAUCCUGACAACGAUUACGAGAUGCUGACGACCAACAGGUCUCAGGAUCUGCAGAUGUGGAGGUCUCACGUGGACGCGCGGCACAACUGGUGGGGUUACAACGAGACGCUGGCGGUGGCGGGACGCAUCAGGGACCGCAGGGACUCGCCUGAGCUGUUGCAGGUCGAUUUCCAACCCUUCCACAUGAACAACAAGUCGGUGUUGAGCGGCAAAUGCCCGCCCGCCUGGGACCUCGUCGGCGACACGUGCUACAUACUGAUCGGGGCGCCGAUGGACUUCUACAGCGCGCGGGACUUCUGCAGGUCGGCGAACGCGUCGAUGCCGUUCAUCAUGAGGGACUACCUGGAGCUCUGGAGGUUCGCCCGCAAGCAGCAAGAACGAUUCGACUACUCGGAGCGCGUGUGGGUGCAGCAGCUAGAGCGCGUGGACCAAUGCACGGCGUUCACAUAUCAGAACAUCGAAAUCGACCAUUGCGCACAGCCGAAUCCGUUUAUCUGCGAGAUCGAUCCCAGAGUCAAUAUCGACCCGUUGUCCUGGAGGAAGGACAUCGUCGCGGUGGGAGUCCUAGGAGCCGUCGGCUUCGCGCUUGCAUUGCUGACCAUGGCCAUCGCGCUCUGGGUCUCCAAGUCGAAGAAGCGCAAGCUGGAGAGACUGGAGCGACGUAACUCCAUCAGACAGUCCCUGCACUCCCUGCGAUCGGUCGGCUCCACGACCGGCUUCACGGAGCUCGCUUACAGGCGAAAACCCAUCGCGACUAAACACUCCACGGACACACUGAACUCCAAGUCAUUAGACUAUCGGCGCAUGUUAAAUGGCGGCAGUCUGGAUUCGAUGGACAAGUCGCAGUUGAACUCCUCGAUCGAGGACACUCAGAGCUACGACGUGUACGAGGCGCACAAUCCGCGCUACUCGCCCAGCACCAGCGACUUCAAGGGCACCAGCCACCACAAGUACGGUACUACGCAGAGCGUCGACAAUCCGGUGUUCGACCUGGCGUAUCGCAACGAGGGCUUCCGCAAUCACUCCACCUUCGCUGCGAGGAACGCGGCCGCAGCCGCCGGCGCCGUCGCCGACAACACCGACUGGGUCUCGCAGCCGAACGUACAAUCGACCUCCCAGGACAGUCCCACGACGGAAGGCAACAACGAGAGCUCGUACCUCAACAACGCUUCCACACUGCCGUUGCACUCCAGUCUCGCGCUCACCGACUCGAUAAGCGAGCUGAAGCAGGACAUUGAGGCGUCGGCUGCCUAUGACCCUGUGGACUACGACUCGAGACGCACCUACGACACGGCUACGUUGACGCCCAGUCAGGCGUCGGAGCCGGUGCCGGAGUACCCGUCGGACUUCCAGCCGCCGAUACCUCCGCAUCCGUAUCGUUACGAAGACAGCAGCAGCAGGCCCAGGAGCGAGACGCUCUUGGAGACCAACUUCGACACGAGCGAAGAGCGGCCGCUGCGCUCCAAGAGCGAAGUCCUGCUCGAGACUAACCUGGACGCCUUCCUGGUCAACGAGCCGACGGAACUCACGCAGUUGUCGGCGGCGGCACGCAGUAAGAGCCAGCCCUUGGAAACGGCGAUGUGAGGGGGUAGCUGCACGUCGAUGACUACAUGAUGACUACACACUAGUUGGACCAGCGUCGUCCAACGGUUCAGGCACCCAGGUGUGCCGGGCCUCAUAUGUCCUCGUGGUGACAAGUACUGCCAGCUUACGCUGAAGAUCGCACAAUGAAAGACUUUUCCAGGGAGAGCACUGAGAGCCGCGCUUCUAAAGUCGUCUCUUGGAGCUUCCCCGAUAGCACAGAUGUUUAGAAUGUGUUUUAGAGACAUCUGGAAGAUGUCUAAAACGAGUAAGAUAUAGUUUGAACAUUGCUGAGGCGACGUUUAGAUGUUGUCUGGGUUGCCUCAAGCGAAAUACUCAGAUUUGAAUUUUCAGAAUUAAACGUAAGUUUUUCGGUUUGUGUAUGUGUGUGCGAUGUUAUAUCUGUAAUCGCGACUCGCACAAUUGAAAGACUCACGUCUAACUCUAAGUACGGAUUUUGCAGGUUUGUAGGAAUAGUUAUCACAUUUCAAACUUGUCUCGCGUGAGAUAUUCAGGUACAAAGUUAGAUCCAAGUUUUUCGUUUGAACCAUGUGAUACACGCGACACUUUUUUAUAUUUCCAAUCGCAUUCAACUGAAAGAUUCACGUCUGACUCUAGAUUGAAGUCUGGAUAUUUUACUUUAGAUGAGUUUUAAGAAACGACUGUCAGUACAGGCUUGAGGAUGCCUCAGGAUGUCUUACAGACAUCUCUGAGAUACUAAGACGUCCCGCUGAGAUUUCACGCUGCACGACGAGUCGCGUUCGUCCGCGAGUGCAAUCCGAAUUUCACUCGGCGAAUCGUUAUUUAUUGCAACAAAGUGCUACUUAAUCCCAAUUACGUCGAUUAGGCUCAUUAGCGUUAUUUAAUAGACUAUUGAUGACGAGACAGUUGACACGGAGCGAGUGAUACAAUUGUUUCAGAUAAGCUUGUAGAUACUUUGUAAGGACAAUCGAUCGAUAAUGAAAUUCUCUUUAGGUACUAACGUGUUAUGCGAUGAUAAAUAUUAAUCAUCGGAGGGAGGGAGCUUUUAACUAUAAUUUUCUACUCGACAUAAGCGAUGUGUAAGAGCUGUACAAUUUAUAGUAAUUUUACUGUCGUUACGAAGCUGUGAGACUAGAGAGACCUCAUGUAUUCUUAAUCAGCAUUAUCGUCGACAUUGUUUUUCGUCGAAUCAUUAGCGAGUCUAUAUUUAACAACAGGCAACGAGUUGCACGUAUCGGAUUGAUCGAAGGGUUCGUUCGUUCUUCGCAGUAGAAGGAAGCAAGAUUUCUUUCUCUCUCUCUCUCUCGUCAAUCCGAUGUUUUACACCGUGAGAAGCUGGGAGUUACCAAGAGUAGCAAAUUUUAAACUGUGUUUUGCAACAACUUACACUGCCAAGUGUGUCCAAUCCGAGCCUAUUUCGGCCAGCCGUAGGGUUGCCAGAUUUGAGAAUUGAAAAAUCUAGAAAGGCUUCCAAAGCAAAAAAAAAAUGCGGAGUUUGUAAAAUACGUAGUUUGUAAAAUUAUAUUUUUCGAAGAAUUUAUCAAUGGCUAAGGAAUGUCUGAUAUAAUCUGGAAAUUUUUUUUUUAUAUUAGCUGGGCAGCUGGAUGGUAAAAUCUGGACAUCUGGCAACUCUAGCUAGGCGAGACGUACGUAACCCUCUCGCGAGUAUCGAUAUAGCUUGUUAAGUCAAUCGUGUCUCUUUGUUAAGUAAUAAUAUCCGACGAGGGUGUAUCGACGCUACUCGCGAACAUCGCGCCACGGGGUUGAUUAUUAACACACGCCGCGGUGUUGCGAGUGUUACGAGUGUUCUGGGUCGCGCGGAGCGGUAACUUUGCGCGCUAAUCGAUAGACUUAAUUGCUGCCUCCUUUUUUAAGUAAGGUGAUCUCAGCCGACUCGUCGUUGUCAAGAACACUUUUAUAUACCUGCCUUUACAGAACAAAGUAUCCGUCCGUAGCAUGUAAGUUUAGCGGAGCAAUAACGCAGGGUGUCCAGGCCGAAUUUUCGCUACACGCUAUUUGCGAGGGGUUUCUUCAGAUUUUCUUUUCUCUCCGGGACGUGCGUCCACCUGAGACAUCCUGUACGCGUGUAUGUGUGUAUGCAUGAUAUCUGGUACCUACGGCCGAUCAUUUGUGACACGGAAUGUAUGCUCGAAUAUUGUCGCAAAAUCGCUCUUUUAAACAGCAACGUCGGACAACGAAACCGAAAAAUUCGGACGAGUCCAACGAAUGAAGGAAGAUGAGAAUUUAUCAGGUCACACGUUGCCUCGUAGGUACUCGCGCGAGUGGGACAAUGAUAUCACAAGGCUGCCUUAUGUACAUUUCAGAAAUAAAGCGAAUAAACCAAGUGAAUCGAGCGAGAGAA